UCUUUCGUCAAGUACGAGACCGACCGAAUUGAAAACCUGCUAAGCCAGGCAUUUUUCAGUUAGUUCGGUUUGUGCCAUAGGCUUAACAAGGCUAGUACUGCUGCCCCCGUUGUGUUACAGGUACGACUAAAUUGACCCGUCGAAAUGCCCAACUGUCCCAGGUGCGAGAAACCAGUUUAUUUUGCUGAACGCAAAAGUUCCCUUGGAAAGGACUGGCAUCCAGCAUGCUUAAAAUGUGAGAAGUGCAACAAAACCCUUACACCCGGGUCCCACGCAGAAAGGGAAGGAAAACCUUACUGCCACAACCCUUGCUACUCAGCUCUCUUUGGACCUGGUGGUUUUGGAAGGGGUGGUGCUGAAAGCUACGUUUACAAGAAGUAGAAACUGCCGAAAUAGAGAAAACUUAUAAAAGUGACAGAAUGUUAAAUAAUUAUAAAAUGCUUCUCCAUGGAAAACCUAUUAAGUAAAAGUAUUUUUAAUAAUUUUGAGUAUUUCUCCGUGGAUUAUAUAUAAUUAUUUAGUUCUUGCCACUUCUAUAUAUUAAUUGAUAAAAAAAUCCUUAAAUUCGCUUUAAAUAUUAAGUAUUUCUAAGUUAACUUUUAUUUAUUGGUUCUAAAUGUAACCAACCGACAUUCCGUGGUAUUACUGACUUUUGUUGUAUUAUUUAUACAUAAUGAAGAUUAAGUUUUAUAUUUUUCAUUAAUAAAAAUAAUAAACAUUUU